UGCCAGAAUUUUGAAUCGGUAAAUGGCUUUUUAUUGCUUUAGACUUAUAGUUUCUGUAACAUAUCUUCUCAUAUGUUUCAGACAUGCAUCAACAGAUAACGAAUACUGUGAUGCUUUCGAUUCAACCUGUACGAGCGACGGAAACAUGAAAUCUCACUUUUCGGCAUCAACAGAGAAUGAUUCGAAAUGGAAGCGGAUAAUAGAUGUGAUAAAUAAUGCUGUAAAAUCUUCUGAUAGUUGCUCAUCUGAUGAUUGUUCCUGCUACUUCAAUGUCAUUGAAGAAGAUUUAUCCCCAUGGAAAGAGAAAGGAAUAACUUAUGAUGACAUCAAGGAAAGCCAAAGCAAAGGAACUUUGUACCAAAUUAUAAAUCAUCAACUUUAUCGUGAUACUGAUUGCAUGUUUCCUUUUAGGUGCAAAGGAGUUGAACAUUUUGUUUUGCAACUUAUUGAUGAUUUGUCUGACACAGAAUUCAUUCUUAAUACACGAGAUUGGCCCCAAGCUAACAAAUACCACAUUCCUUUGCCUGUUUUUUCUUUUAGCAAAACUUCUCAAUAUUGGGAUAUUAUGUAUCCAGCUUGGACGUUUUGGGAAGGAGGCCCAGCCACAAGUCUUUAUCCUACUGGUUUAGGACGCUGGGAUCUACAAAGAGAGCUUAUUAACAAAACAAUAGAGAAAUGGCCAUGGAAUAAGAAAAAAGCAACUGCAUUUUUCAGAGGAUCUCGAACAAGUGCUGAAAGAGAUCCUUUAAUACUUUUGUCUAGAAAACAUCCUGAAUUGAUAGAUGCAGAGUACACAAAGAACCAAGCUUGGAAAUCUGAUAUGGAUACCCUUGGAGCGCCGCCUGCAAAAGAAAUUCUUUUAGAAGAUCAUUGCCUUUACAAAUAUUUGUUUAAUUUUAGAGGUGUGGCUGCAAGUUUUAGGCUCAAACACCUGUUUCUCUGCAGAUCAUUAGUAUAUCAUGUUGGUGAUGAAUGGCUUGAAUUUUUUUACAAACAGCUUAAACCAUGGGUUCAUUACAUCCCAGUUACUAAAGAUUUAUCCAAUGUGCAGGAUUUGUUGAACUUUGCUUUAGAGAAUGAUAAUCUAGCCAAAGCUAUUGCUGACAGGGGAUUUGAUUUUAUUUGGAAUCAUUUGAAAAUGGAAGAUAUUCUGUGCUACUGGAAGAAAUUGUUACUUGAUUACUCCCAGCUUCUUAGGUAUAAACCAGUCAAGAAUAAUAAACUAAAACGUAUAAGGUAAUUUCUGUGAAAUAUAGUUUUAUAGAGCAUAAACAUGUUAUAUUUUUUAUAUGUCAUUCAUAGUUCUGUUGCAUUUUAUGAAGCAUACAUUUUAUCAAAUCAAUCUCACAUUUUAUUUGUUAACAUUCCAAUUGUUCUUAUCACUGCUUUUUUCUACAUCAAAUAACUACUUUUAGAGUUUUGUACAAAUUCGAAAGCUUUAUGAUGAAGCUUGUGAAUAUUUAUAAUGAUGUAUGUUUUAGCA